AUGGACGAUACUACCCGCUCGCUCAUACGCUUUGUUGCCCGUGGCUUCUACUCACGGCCCUCCAUCUUGAUCGUGGACGCUGUUCUUCUACACUCUGUGCUCUCGGAGGAUGAUCUCAUUUAUCUCCUUGGAAUCCACCGCAAAGAGCUUCGUUCGCUCUGCAAUAAGCUCGUGGAUGACCGCAUGUUGGCCACACACAUCCAGAAAGAGGAAAACCCCCAGCAGCGCCUCACAAACAGAACAUAUUACUACAUCCAUAUCACAGAGGCCAUUGACGCAGUGAAAUGGCGAGUGCAUUCGAUUGUGUCAUCCAUCAAGGACGAAAUGUCACUGUACGGAAAUCCACAUGGCUACAUCUGUCCGCGUUGCGGCAAGAAAAUUAGCCAGCUCGAUGCCAUCUCUUUGCUCAGUGACGAUCGCUCCAGUUUCCUCUGUGACAACUGUGGGGCAGUUUUGGAGGAGGACGACUCAUCGCAGCAAGCCUCUAUCAAGCAGGAGAAAUUGGAGAAGCUCAUGCUCCAGGUGGACCCUAUCAUUGGCUACUUGAAGAAAGUGGACAACUCGGAUGUGGAAGACAACAACUUCGAGAUUGCGUUGACCAAAGCCAUUCCAGCACAGUCGGGAUCUUUGGCUUCAUACACUAUUUCAAAUCGUACUACGGGUAAGUCAAGGGCACAGAUUUCUCAAUCGCUUCAGAACGCCGCAUCCAAGGCCAAUGCAACGUUGCAUGUGUCCAUCACCGCAUCCGACGAGAAUUACGAGAGGGAGCAACAGGAAAAGGAGAACAGACGCCAGAAGUUGGAGCAGAACGCCUUGCCUUCUUGGCACUCGGCGUCAACCGUUGGCAACAGUGAAGGCUUUGAUGUCAAGGAUGAGGAAGCGGUCGAGAGCACCGUCGUCAAAGAGGAGGACGGCGACGUCAAAAUGGAGGGAGACGACACAGUGGAAGCUGCUCCAGUCGUCCAGAUGUCCGAGACUGAGAGGAAGGAGAAGGAAGCACAAGAUGUGCUUGCCGCAUACUAUGCUGAUUUGGCUGAGAGAGAAGCAGAGGAAGAUGAAGAAGACGAGGACGACUUUGACGACUUUGAGGAUGUCUAA